CAUCAUCAUCUGCCUUUGGCACCGCCCUCACCGAGCGCAGCAGCGUCUUGACCAAGGACAGCUCCGUCCUGUCGAUUUACGGAAACGAGGUCGACGCCCAAGCAAACGCACUCGCUGAAGCAGACGGAGACGCAGACGCAGACGCAGACGAACCGAGCUUGGAAGAUGUUAUGGGCAUGUACGAGAGAGGCUUCUGUGACGACGACGACGACUACGACUACAACAACCACUACAAUAAUACCAACCAAAACGACUACUUUGACCCCCCUCGCAGCACCCGCAAUUCCCAAGACGACUACUACCACCACCACCACCACCACCGCCAACAACCCUCAUACGACCACCACCACUACCCAUACGACGACCAGUACAAUACUGGCUACGGCUCCGCCCCUUACGACUCUUAUCCCCACGAAGCACAGCUAGAAGCAGAGCAGCCAGAGCCGGAGUGCCAGCAGGAGUACCCACAAGAGCGCGAGGAGGAGGAGCAGGAGCUCGGGCAGAACCGCCAACAGGAGCCUGAACAGGACCUGAACCAGGAGCACGGGCUAGAGCACGGACAGGGCGUCGAGCACAGACACACGCCGCUGCCAACUCACGAGGAGGAGGAAGAGGAGGAGGAGGAGGAGGCAACAGAAGAAGAGCCCGCCGAGACUGAAACCGACGCUGUCCCUGACAACAUGAUUAGCGUCAUGCACCGCCCUGCGACCUCAAGGUCCGAGCCGGGCCCUGAGCGCAUACACAGCGAGGACUUCAGUGCCGACCCGGUGCCCCCGGUGCCGGCAACCCAUUCCGCGCUGGACAUGGAGAUUCGGCAGUCCAAGAUGCUCUUCUCCAGCACGGCCUUCACGUCGACCGUGCCCGCCCUCACCCACGACCACGAUCUGGACCACGACCCCGAGCACGACCUGGAGUUCCCGGAGAAGCGCGACUCGUCGAGGACGGUCGAGUCGAACCCGUCGGUAGAGUCGGACGGCCUCCGCACCGACGUCAGAGGUACCACGCCCAGCCCGAGCCCGUCGCGCAUCUCGCCGCCCUCGAUGCCCGGCUCCCGAUCGGUAUCCCCUGCUCCAUCCGUGCAGCUCCCCGUCCCGAAGCCCGAGGAGCCGGGCUCGCGCGACCGGUACGGCUUCAAGAAGGAGAACCAGUUCAUCACCCGGCAGCAGUACGACGCCUGGGACAAGGUGUACUCACAGUAUCUCGCCCGCCGCCGCAAGAAGUGGACUGCCUACCUCAAGGACAGCGCCCUGAUGACGGAUCGGCCCCAGCGCUUCCCGGCCCCCAACGCCAAGACGAAGCGCUUUGUACGCAAGGGCAUCCCGCCCGACUGGCGCGGCGCCGCGUGGUUCUACUACGCCGGCGGACCGGCCAUUCUGGCCAAGCACGGGGGCCUCUACGACAAGCUGCUGCUGAGACAAGCCAAGCACGUCGACGUCGAGGCCAUCGAGCGAGACCUGCACCGAACGUUUCCCGACAACAUCCAGUUCAAACCCUCCCAGGCCACCGCCGACAUGCUCGACAGCACGACCAGCAGCGAGCGGGCGAGCCAGUCCACGGUGAGGGGAGCAGCCCUCGACGGCAGCGGACCCGGUCCCGUUGGCUUGGAGGGCGAACCGCCGCUGAUUGCCUCUCUGCGCCGCGUCUUGCUGGCGUUUGCCGUCUACAACCCUCGCAUUGGAUACUGCCAGAGCCUCAACUUCAUCGCCGGCCUCCUGCUCCUGUUUGUGGACACGGAGGAGCA